CCGCCAGCCGCCAGCCGCGGCGCAUGCGCGCGACACGCACUUUUGUUUACCUUAUUUCCACACGACAAUGAUCGCAGUCGCGUCUCGGGAUACGUGAAUAACAAUUAACAUGGUUUUCGAAUAAAAUCACUGGAAUAUAUUGAAAAGUGAGAUUUCAUUAGUGUGUGCUGGAAAUCAAUACAUUUUCCUUGCUGUAAGGAAAAUAUAAGGGAUUUGACUCCAAGUCUGCGUUGCCGGCUGUGCGGCCGUGUGGUGCUUGGGCGCCGCGAGCGAUGGUAUGGUGUCCUGGCGGGCGGGGGUGCGCGCGCGCCUGUGCGCCGGCGCCGCGCUAGCGCUGCUGCCGCUGCUGGCCGCCGACGUCGUCUUCCGAGUACCUGAAGUACUGGUGCGUCACGCGGCGGCGUCGCGGCCGGUGGGCACGGGGCGCGCCAACGCCUCCCGCGCCAACGAGUCGGAGCCCUGGGGCGCCGGCGCCAGCGACGCGCUGCUCGAGGUGCGCUACGAGGAGUACUUCGUGGAGCACGACGUGUCCACCGCUGACGCGCGCCGGGCCGCCAACACCCUCAACCUUGAUGACGUGCCGGCGACGCGGCCGGGGUGCGGCGCGUGCAGCCAGCGCGAGCUGGAGUACUGCGAGACGCGCGUGCUGGCCGACCACUGCUGCUGCGAGCGGCGCUUCGUGCGCGAGCCCUUCCCCUGGCUGCCGCACUCCUGCUACGUGGGCGCGCGCCGCUGCCGCCCGCUGGCGCACGACUGCGCGCAGUAUGCCCGACUGCGCGACUGCUGCUGCUACAGGAAGCUCGCUGAACGAUGGAAGGGCAUCCUGUCGAAGUCGACGCGCGUGGGCGUGAGCGGCGUGUCGCUGCUGCUGCUGUCCAUGCUGCUGUUCGUGGCGUACCUGUGACGGCAGCUGCCCCGCGCCGCGCCGCCCCCCGCGCUCGUCUGAUGCACGCGCUGCUCUCCUCACCCCUCAGUCAACCUGUGGACCGCUCUGUUCCGAUUCGACAUGUAUUUACCCAAAUUAGUUUAGUGCAGGAGCCUGAAUAGCUCUUUCCUCAAGAAAAUGUCUAUUUUUGUCGUCAUCAUUAAGGUGUUUCUAAGUAUUUAUUAUGGAUGAUUGGUACCUAAGUAUAUCUUCUUACGUUUGAUGUCGAAAUAGUAAAACUUAUAAACGCACAGAUUUACUGUAAAUAUGUAUCUCGAUACUCGGUGUUGAAUCGAUAAUGUCACCUCACUAGUUUCAUAACAUUCACUAAACCAAAAUCAUGAAGCUAAGUAUUACAAUUUAAUGAUAAAGCUAGGUUGAAUAGAAUUAAUUAAUUAAAUGUGAAUAUCCGUUAACGCAAUAGCGUCUAAAGUGUAUAGAGUAGCAAAUAGUUCUAAGAAUUAAGUAAGUAUAUCGGGUGUGUCGUUCAUAAUCACAUUAAAUGAAAUGCUUUAAUAUACUGGUUAAUUUAUGUCGAUUAACACAAAGAAAAAAGAAAAAUACGUAAAAAUAAAAAAAUGAAUUUUUCAAACAAAGUAAAUAGAAUAAAAAUGUGCGAAAAUUAGAACACCAUGUAACAGUCAGUAAUUACAAACAACUGAAAUUCUCCCUUGAACACUGACAGCUGUCAACUGAUCAAAACGUUCGAUACUCCUAACUUUAUCUCUGCUUUACACAUGAUGUUGUAAAUUAUAAAAACGAAAAAUGACUCCUGUGGUCAAACCAGUGAAUGAAUUAUAUAGGUUAUUUUUUUUACAAUUCGCCAUAGAAUACCAUGAAGUAUAAGCGAUAGGAUUUAAUGUGAUUGUGAACGACACACCCUGUAUGAGAAGGGAUCUCAUUCUCAGUGGCGAUGACCAGCAUAAACCUUUAGUAAUAAGUACCUACCUAAGUACAGCAGAAAAGCAUCGACGUUUAUGAAUUUUAAUUUGUCUUAGCAUAGGCGACAUGAAAAAAAGCACCGGAAUGUAUCCACACAAGUACAAGCGUUAAUAUAAGUGUCGAUGUUAGUUGUCUGUCUGUGCGUAGCCUUGUUUGUAUCUCUUCAGACGUAGCUUAAGAUACACUGAGCUACACCCGCUACCUGCAGAUAGGAACCGUAGAGUGCACUGCGCACGCGACGCUAUAACUCAUACUUACUGAUAAAUAACAUGGUACAUUAAUAGAUAAAAUAAAUAAGGAGUUGCUUGAUAAGUACUAAGUUCACAUUAAAGCUACGCGACUCAAAAUCAUGUCUUUCAUGUAUCAAAUGUAUGAAAUCCUUAUUUAUUUGGUAUUUAACAGUCCUAUGAAUUCCUUUAUCGACGAAAACACUUUUCCUAUCUCCAGUUACGUGUUUAAUCUUGCAUCAAAAUAGUUUUUUAACUAAGUGCAAAUCUUACUUAUUCUGUAAUCUCUAAGCUUUGGGUUUGAUUCGGAACUGAGUUUAACACUAACAUACAAUCCUUCGUGUACCUAACCAUAAGGAAUAUGCCCAAUCGGCAUUCGAUUUGGCUAUCGCAGUGAAAGAGAUUGAAUAAUAUAAAAUGUUAAAAGAUCAUGUUUGUGACAGCCAGCAGUGAUAAAGCUCAUUUCGGAAACCAGACCAACUGUUAAUAAUAUAGCAAGUAACCCUAAUUAGGACCCUAACCACCGGUACCUUGGACCCUGGGCCGGAUAUCGGUGGCCAUCUAUUUUUUAUAUAUUUAAAUGUUUUUUUUUUUUUUGAAUUUAAUAUUUAAAAAGUAAAAAAUAUGUUGAGUAAUCAAUCAAUAAAUGAACUAGCAAGUAAAGAUAUAAUAAUAGUUAGAUAGGUAUCGUUAAAAACAGAUCAUCAUGAGAUCUUAGAUUAUACAAGACAUAAACGGGGAAUCUGUAGUUUGUACAUGUCGAUGUUAAAAAAUAAGAUAUUGCUAACUAAGUACCAAAUAGACAAGUUUAUGAAACAUCUUUGUAAAUACAUGUAGAGCGAACGAUGCGUAUAUAUUCGAGAAAUAUGUAUAAUAGAUUAAAUAAUAUAAGUAGCAAAUGUUUCGUCUAAGAUGUUCUUGUUCAAUGGUUUUAAAACCUACAUAACAAUGUAUCUCACUUUAAAUCCCAAUAGGCAACUGGAUAAAUACCUGAACUGUUACCCUUGUUUUAUAAACCGUAAACAGGAAACUAAUAAUGUACCGCCAAUCUGAGUGUGUUUGAUUCUGAAUAGCUAACAAUUUCUUAUAUUUUAGACUAGACUUGUAGUUACAAUGGCUAUAAGCUAUUAGAAUAGCAAAUAUACGAUAUUAUGUAAAUACAAUACAAACACAAUAUGACAGAAAGUCAAUUGUUUUUCAACAGAGACAAUCGCCUCACAGCGCACUAGCCAAAUUUAUUCAAUGAAUCUUUCUACAUAGUAUUAAAAUAUUUACGAAAUACUGCGUUACCAUCUCACGCGUACCUACUAAAGUAUCAUUGUAUUGACAAGGCAAUGUUAAUGACGAAACUACCGAUAUCGAUUUAUCUCAGGCAAUGUAUGGAAACAUAAAAUUCUGACUUUACCGUCAACAUAAAAUCUAUGCCACUCACACUUGACAAUAUAAUGGCUACCGAAGUAAGCUAAUUAACUGAUAUCGUAAUUUAUUGUAAGCCGACAUUCACCGACAUUGUACAUAUAGGAGUCGUGGACACACCGCACGAUAGUAUAGGAUGUACCUACCCAGAGCUGGGGCCCGAUUCUCCUAAGUUAAUAAUGUCAAAAUCGAAUAGAAAUUGAAUCGAAAUAUGAUCGCAAUAGCAGUUUUAAACAUAUCAGGCAUUCUGCUACUAAUUUAAGACCAAUCGUAUUCAAACUUCAACUUCAAACUUCAAAUAUUUAUUGCAAUCAUGAGUGUUACAAGGUGUUAUAAAAUGUAGAGGUACAUACAUGAUACCCUGUUAGGGCGCAGCAAUUUUAAUAUACAAUUACUUACAAACUAUUUAGUUAAUCUUAUAUAUUUAGGCACAACUUAUAUAUUUACUUAUAUAUAUUAUUAUAUUCGUAUAUCCCUUUAUUAUUAUACUAUCAUUAUAUUUAUACUACCUCUAUUUGCUCUAACAUAUUAUAUUUAAAUUGUUUUAUAUUGCACACUAUCUUACUGUUUAGUUCUGUCCUCGAAAAACUCUUUUAAACUGUAAUAACAUUUUCGGAUUAAGUAUUUUUUUAAUUUAUUCUUAAAUAUAUUGAAACUGGAGGUUUCUUUUAAUUGUU